AUGACCCUAAAAUACAAACCCUGGGGAUUAACCAUUAAACCAGGAAAAAGGGUUGGUGCCACUAGGAAACUGGUGCAUGUUCACAGCUCAGGACUGCAUGUAGUUCGAGAUCUUACUGGGAGCAGAGCUUCUGCAAUAGCUGACUCUGUUCUGUAUACAAUCACUCAGACUGGAAGGUUGGUAACCAUUGAAGCUGUGGAACUUGAAACAGGCAAUGAACUGGGAGAUCAAGGGGUUGAGGUGGAGCUGCCAUUCCAGUCUGGCACUAUCCUUUCUCUAGUAGUCCACCGAUUUGAGCGACGCAGUGGUGGCAUUGCCUUGCGUGCAUUUGUCUCAUGCUCGGAUCAUGCUCUCCACCUCAUCAGUAAUGCAGGAGUCAUGUGGUCUCGAGAAGAAGCCCUGUCCACAGUGCUUGCUGCUGAAGCUGUUGAUCUUCCUGCUGAUGGAAACAACAUCAAUUACCAUGAUCACUUGUCUCCUCAUGCAGGUCAGUUUUAAUUUUUUUUUUUGGUUUAUUUUGUUUGUUACCAUUUUUCAUUUUUUCUCUGUGGUUGUGAAAAUGUCUUUGAAUGAAAUGGAUUAAUUUUCAUCCUUUUUUUUCCCUUUUCUACUUUGCAGUAUGGAAUAGUUAUUUUUAAAAAUUCGUACUUGGAGUUCUGUGCCAUAUAAGUCUGCAGAUCUCUGAUUUUACUAGAUUCUAUAAGCCACAUACUGUUAUCUGUAAUUUGUAAGCAGUCUUUCCUUGUUUGACUAUUUUUUUUAAUUUGAUACAAUGUUAAGGAAAUAUUUCACAGUCUGUAGCUCUAUUUAGUUUACUGACUUUGAAAAAUGGUAGAAUUUUAAUUUAAAUGCAUUUCAUAUUUAUUAUGGUAAUUAGCCCCUUUGGUCUGGAUGAUGUGACCAUCACAUCAUGAAAAAAUAGAUUUGAUGGGAGAGUAGCAUGAACAUGUCAUCAUGGGACAAUUUUACUGUAGGAUGGGUGAUGUGAAUUUGCCAUUGUGAUGGUUUUGGCUGAGGGCCAGGAUAAUUUGGAGGACUUGCCACAAAUGCACUCAUUUGGCAUUUAGAAAGGGGCUUUAUGCAUUAUUUCUAUUGAUAAAUGAGACAUGACUGAAAAAGCACCUGCUCCAGGGUGGAUGCCAUUUCCAUGCUCAACAUCCUAUUGCUGGCCACUGUUAUUGGCAGGGCAGGUUGUAUUACAGAAAGCUGAAUAUUAUGAAUAAAAAAAAGAAAAAGAAAAAAGAAAUAACAAAUGCUACUUAUUGUUAUUAUUCUUGCACUGAGAUAUAGACUACCUAGAGAGGUGAUACGGAGUUUGUGCAAGAAAACAGUCUGUUACCAUCUAGUUAAAGCUAAUCCAGUAACAAAAAUGGACAUUGGAAAAUGUCAAAAAAAAAAAAAAAAAAAAAAAAAAAAA